AUGCUAGCAUCGCUGCCCCCGCAACGAGUCGGUAAUGGCGGCAGCCUUGCAUCAUCUGCGCCACAAUCAGCAGCGGAGGCAGCCCAGCCGGCUGUCAGGGUCCAAGCCAUCCCCUCGACUUCGGCGUCACAGGUUGUCACCCCUACAUUUCAGGUGGCGAGGAGCGUAGAGGGGCACGACACCAACGUCGUCAUCCAGCAGUACCUUGACCGUACUUUCGUCCUUGUCACCCAGACGGGCAAGAUUGCAUCCAUUACCCAAGCCUCGCUGCCUGUCACAUCGUCGCCCUAUGUCUCCCUCGCAUCUCCCCUUGGCUCAGCUACCGACACCUCAUCACAGCCAGAUGCCUUCCUAGACGGCGGCGAUGACAACGUCGACGCGAGGGGCAAGAAGUGCGACCCCUCCUCCUCGCCUGCCUCGGGAAGCGCAGCCUCAACGCCUCUCGCUCCACCCAAUCUGACGCAAUCACCGCUGCUGGGCACCCCAACCCCCGGAUUUGCAACCAUGCAAUCGCUGUACGUUUCAACAAUCUACUCGCUGCUGCGUCCAGCACAAGAUGAUGGCACAGGCCAAGGGCAGCAGCGUGACCCGAGGCCGGUCAUCGUAGCACUUGGGCUGCGUCUCCUCGCGACGACCGGCAAAGACGAAAGCGACGAGGUGGAGCAAAUGGCUACACAUGAGGGGCCGAGAUUCAGGGCUAUCAUGGAGCUCGUCAAGGAGUGCCAGGCGCAAAAGCACCCCUGA